CCGCGGGCUGGAGGCGGCUUCCAGCACACAGCCCUCAGCUCGGCUCGGGAACCGCAAGGCUGCGCGGAUCCAGCCCCUCGGCCCGGGCUGGGGAGAACCACCGGGAUUGCCUCCUUGCAAAAAAAAAAAAAAAAAAAGGGGGGGGGGAGGAAAACAACGUGAUCCAUGUUAAACAAAAGAAUCUGUGCACUAAUGCGCGCUCGGAGGCGGGAGGCUGCUUGCCUACCUGCUGAAAGGGGACUUUCUGGCUGCCCCUGCUUCUCUAUAAACCGAGCCCUGCCUUUGAUGUUCUGCAACUGAUCGCCGAUCGGAUUACGGGCAUUUCAUCUCGCUGCUCCGCUGCCUUUGAUCUGCGUGGUUAAUUUUAUUUUCCUGGAUUUGGAGUUUCGCCUGGGCUUGUGCCGACGCACGGCUCCGGGAAGGGAGGGAGAAGAAGCGUUUGGCACCGCCGUGCUGCCAGCGGGGAAGCGAGGCUGCCGAAGGUGCCGGAAGGGCGAGGGCUGGAAAGAGUUCAGCACGUUGCAGAACUCUUCAACAAAAAACACGCCUGGUAAGAACCAUGGCUUUCAAGGUGCCGCUGGACCAGGAGAAGCCACUUCUCGCCGUCGUCGUUUUGCUGGCCUACUUGGCCUGCGAAGCGACCUGUGAGACCGAGGACUGCAGGCAGCAGGAGUUCAGGGACCGGUCCGGGAAGUGCGUGCUGUGCGAGCAGUGCGGGCCGGGCAUGGAGUUGUCCAAGGAAUGCGGCUUCGGCUACGGGGAGGACGCCCAGUGCGUGACCUGCCGGCCGCACAGGUUCAAGGACGACUGGGGCUUUCAGAAGUGCAAGCCAUGCCUGGACUGCGCGGCGGCCAACCGCUUCCAGAGGGCCAACUGCUCCGCCACCAGCGACGCCGCCUGCGGGGACUGCUUGCCGGGGUUUUACAGGAAGACAAAGCUGGUUGGUUUCCAAGACAUGGAGUGUGUGCCUUGCGGAGACCCGCCUCCCCCCUACGAGCCGCACUGCACCAGCAAGGUGAACCUCGUGAGGAUCCCGUCGGCGGCCUCCAGCCCGCGGGACACGGCGCUGGCCGCUGUCAUCUGCAGUGCCCUGGCCACCGUCCUGCUGGCCCUGCUCAUCCUCUGUACCAUCUACUGCAAGAGGCAGCUGAUGGAGAAGAAACCCAGCUGGUCCCUGAGAGCUCAGGAUGCUCAGUACAGCGGCUCCGAGCUGUCCUGCUUCGACCGGCCUCAGCUGCACAAGUCCGCUCCCCGAGCCCGCUGCCAGUGCCACCGGGACUUGGGCCCGGCCUGCGGGCCCGUCCGCCUGGUGCCGUCCCUGUGCUGCGAGGACACCUGCAGCCUCGACCCGGCGGCGCUCGGGGGCAGGGCGCACUCCAAGGCCGGCGCUCUUCAGGAGAGGAACGCAGGUCCGCGGGGGGAGCCCACGCCGGCGCUCUUCGGGUCCCUGUCCGUCUCCGGCGAGUUCUCGGACGCCUGGCCCCUGAUGCGGAGCCCCGUGCCCGACGACGACGACGACGACGACGACGACGUCUCCUUGCCGGACUCUUGCACGGAGCUCACCGGAGAGGACGUCCCCUCUCUCAGCCUGGGGGACGGAGCCUCGUCCCCGCACAGUAGCCCGGGCCUGGGCGGCGGCGCUGCCGCUGCCGCUGCGGUCCGGGCUCCCUCCGAAAACCGCGCGGGAACCCCGGACUUCCUCGGAUCCCACUCCCCGGCAGAGCCGGCGCCGCCCGCCCAGGAGCUGCCGCCGGCCCGCAGGAUCCGGCCAGACCCCGCCGCUCAGACGCCUCUGCAGGACCAGGAGUGCCUGUGAGGAGCCCGAGGGCACGCACGCCCCCAGCAUGAGGACCUUUCGAGGACCGCGCUGUCUGGACCGUGCGUGGCUUCUGCGGAGAGAAGCCGACCCGAACCGAACUGAUGGGUUUGAGCCUUUCAGCCCGUUGCUUCUGAGCCAGACCCGCUGUGAGCUGGGGCCUCAAGGAAGACGGGGCCGUGGGCGUUCAAGGCGCUUGGCGUCUUCCGUCCGCCAGAGGCUUCCACGCUGCGGGUGGGACUGCAGAGGCUGCUGCUGCGUCCAGUCGGCAGCCCUGGAGAUGCCGGCCGACGCCACGAACCCAAGUGGCAGUCACCUGUGCCUGUUGUGACUGUGGCUUUACCAGACCAAGGACCCGGAGUCCACAGUUUCACCUGCAUUUUCUGCCAAAAAUGACUUUGCAUCGUAGCGGGUUAUCCUGGUCAAGGUUGGUGUUAGAUUAGGUGCCUUGGUUUUCGUGUACAAAGGGUUCCACAGUCUGUUUCUCUUUGAGGAAGGUCACGUUUCUGUCACCUACACGAAUGGGCGGAGGAGGCCGGAAUUGACUUCACACUGCCUGCCUGCCCCUUGGGUUUACUGGGUGAAGUCCAGGGGCCUCCCCAGAAAUUAGGGGACGACGGGACUCUCAGAGAAUCCACGCUCUAACUCAGCCGCCACUUGCUUCACAGGCACCUGGCAAUGGGGGGACUGAGUCAGGGCCGGGGCGGGGAAGGGCCCCCACCCGGCACCGGGUUCUGAGACCGCUGCCCGGGCGUACUCUUGGGGCGUGCGCACUCUCGGUGCUGCGUACAAAGCGGGGCGCCUUUCUGUGAAAAUCCGUUCAGGCAGAAGCAUCUGUUACUCUCUCCCUGUGACUGAGCUUAGAAGGGGCAGAGCUUCUCUUUUACAGAAAAGUGGUAUUUAUACAGAUAAUGACUUUUUUCCUUUCCCUUACCCCCCACCCCUUCCUCUGGCAACCGCCCACCUGCUCUCUGUGUCCGCGAGCUCAGCUGGGGGUUUAGUGUUUAGUCUGCGGGGCCGACUAGGGCUUCUAGGAACGACGACACAGCAGGUCCCCUGCUGCCGCUGGGACGGGCCACCACCGAGCGAGGGGUCCUGGGAGACCACACCUCGUGCUAGAACCAGGAGAAGGAGCCGUCCGUCAGCGUCUUCUAGGUGACCAGCCUGCCACUGCUGCACGCAGCCGGACCAGGGUGUGCCAGUGCGCCCGCUCGUCCUGUGGGCUGAGUGCGGACGGGAGGGACCCAUCUCAGCGGACGAGCGUCUCUCCGGGCGCUCGCCCCGCCCACCACCCCGGGUGGCCCCGCCCCCUGCCCCUUGGACGCGUGGCUACAGCAAUGACAGACGCCAGCCCAGUGCAGUCUUGACCCGGGACGGCUCCUUUCUCUUCGCCUCCGCGGCCCGGAGCAGGGGUUACUUAAGCAGGAGUCGGCUUCUGCCUACCUGAGCCGACACGCUCAGGUCUGCACCCCGCCCCCCACCACCACCGCCUUUGCACGAACUGUGUGAGCUCGGCUCCGUCUGCAGGUAAAAAAGAAAGAGGCCUUCGCACAUCAGAGCGCACUGAGAGAUUCCGGCUCCGAACGACCCCAACCGAAUCCGUGCCUUUUAUCCGAACUGAACACCUGAGGUCUGGCUUUCCUUCGACAUUUUUACCUUCUAACUUAGGGCCCCAUGCUUUUCUCUCUCUGCAAGACAUCAGCAAACCCUCAGGGGCCCUCGGCCCAUGGCUGGGACAGGUGUGCACCAGCCUGCCUGCUCUGGGCCCCCGCACGACCUCCGCGCCUUCCCCUGAGACAGGAGACACAGCGGAGUGUCUCCUGGUGACUCCCGAUCUCCGUCUGUCGAGGGCCCAGUCAUCAGUGACUGAUCUCCACUCUCUCCUUGUCCUUUCUCAAAGCAUUAGGCGACAGGUCUUGAACUUGGGUGCUCGUCAGCUCCUGGAGAAGUGCCUUUGGGAAACUCAGGUGAAACACUUCGGACUUGACCAUGGGAUGUUUGUGAAUGUGCCCACCGCGUGGCUCCGCCGUCGUCCACGAGCGUGCGCCUCGCCUGCGAUCGGGUCGUUUUCCUUCCGGCGGAGGGAGGAUCAGAGGCCGCCGGGCCGCGCUCUGCCUGGGACCCGACUGGAGGUCCCGCAGGCGGGGCCGUCGCGCCCUGGAGAGAGGCGCACUGGCUGGGGAAAGCCGGAUUCGUGAGAGCGAGACGUCGGCCUAAAGUCCUGAAACGUCACCUCUGACCAGCACAGAAAAAUACUUAGGGGUCGGAAGUCGGUUUGAUCUGAUACUGCAUCUGAAAAAAUUCUGUUGUUGUUUUUUAAAUCAAGGUGAAGACCUUUUACCCCCACCGACCAUAGGAACACACAGUGUUAUAUCCUGCACUCUCUGUACACACUCCACAAAAAUCCCGUUCUGCAUUUUACAUCGUUGGGACCCCUCCCUCCGGCACACGGACGCACUCAGCUGCGAGGGUGCCGGUGCCGGGGGUCUCGGGGCAGCGGCGGGGGACGCGUGCGGGCUGCUGACGGCCCACGCAGCAGGAACUCCUGGUCAACGAGAGUGCGGCGAGGGUUUAAGAAGCAACCACGCCGAGGCAUGGGUUUUCUGAUUUUGUGAAUAUGGGAUAUAUUUUUCAGAUAUAAAUGUUUCUAUGUUCAAGUGUUAAUGUCGCUGUUACCUAGGUUAAGCUGGUAAAAAAAAAACAGAAAAAAGGUUAAAAAACUGUUACUGCUUUAAGGUGGUCAGCUCGACUCCGUUUAGAUUUCAUCAUUAUUGCUUCGCGUACUGGAAUUUUCUUAUAUGAAUAGUUUUGUAAUGCCUUUUUUAAACAUUUGUCAAUAAAAUCGUU